AUGAAUGCUACACGGAAUCUCGAGAGCGCCGUCUCUGCUGCCUUGCUACGGCCAUCUAGUUGGUUGCCGUUGUACGAAGAAUUCGUAACCAAGAACGCUAGCUCCGUAAGCCAGGUAGAGUCAGCGCUGAGAUCCCUGACAUAUAUCAUCCCAGGUUGGAAUUGCCGGUCUAUUUGUGAAAGCUCUGCGACGGCGGAGAAAGCUGAUAGUUUCUUCUUAGGGCGAUAUCGAGACUCGGAAAUAAGUUCGGAGUGUGUACAUUCGGGGGUCCAGCUGCUGUCUCUUUAUCACAAUGCUCUUGUUGCUCGAGUUAUCUCCAGAUUACCAUCGACUAUUCCGCGGUCGAUACCAACUCCCCACACGAGAUAUACUAAAUACUGGACGUCUCGCUCUCCGCUCUAUCAUAAAAUCGCCCUCACACUACAGAUGGUACAGUAUACAGAACUGCUCUGGGAGAUGAUUGCCCGUCGCCGUGGGGAGAAAGUCCGCUGGCGACUCAUCAUCUUCAUUGAAGCCAUUAAAGCAACCUGUCGUCUGAUACUUCUUCAUCUUACGAAGUCCAGGCCCUUGGUGAACCCUCCGCUUCCCGAGAGGGAAGUUGAUCCCAGAUCGAUAGACGAAAUGGACAGCGACUGGAACGGAAUGCGCACGCCCGUUAGCGAACGAUCGUCUGAUCUAAGCUGGACAAUGCCUCGAACUGGUCUAACCCUCCCUUCGUUACCAGAUGCGAAUGAUGUUUCAAAUUUCUUGAUCACGAAAGUGCUCACCGCCGACGACAUCAAACCACCCAAGGCUCUAUUGCAUCGCGUCACUGGACAAGGACAACUAGCCGAAGUUUUAUACAUACUCCGGCCAGUGUUUUACGCGAUAGCCUUACAAAGAUAUAGCGGAGACAGGCGCAGUUGGAGACCUUGGUUGGCUGGGUUCGGUCUAGAAUACUUGUGCCGACAACUUGCCAAAUCUGACUUUCGAGAAAGAGUUGCCGGCGGCCUUCGAGGACUGACUGGGCUCGAACGUGAAGAGCUAAGGAAAAGAGGCUGGGCCUUGGGUUGGUGGGCCAUGCGUGGGGCAUUCUAUGAGAACUUGACAAAACCUUGCUUACAGGUUUUAACCGGCUCAAUGAAGGGCAAGCCCCUACUUGACCUGGUGGGUAGCGUUGUUGACGACUACGAAUACUUAUGGGAUAAUUACUAUUUCUCGACUGCGACUAUGUAG